AAACACUACAGUAAGUGAAUGUGUUACCAACUACAUUUGGAAAGACAUAUGUAAGUAAGCAUACUGAAUCUAAAAUGUACGCCACACUUUCAACAUGUUUAUCUGUUAAAAAAAAUAAAAUGCAGGAUUUUUGUGUUCAAUCACAUCAAAUCUCAGUAAAAUACAUAGAAGCUUUUUGUCACAACAUGAAAAAGUGUGAAUACUUUUCUCAGGUUCUGUAUGCUGAUGGCUUACAGCUCCAUAUUUAUUUGCCCUACUGCUGUAUUUUGGUUUGCGCCAUCUUAUUACAAGCCUUCUGUAUCUAGGUCUCACCAGAGCUCGAAUUUCUUCAGCAGCUACUUUACUUCUGCUCUCUGUCAUUUAUUUCUGAGCACUCAGCCUCCACACAACUGAAAGCCUGUGGUUAAAUAUGAGGAUGUAAUACAGUAAGAGCUGCAAAAUGCAACCAUAGAUUCGUGUGAAGGUCAGAAAACCGUAGCAAUUGGUUUAAGGUGUGAGAAAGCUACAUGUGGCCUCGCAUGUGUGUUAAAUCACAGCAAAUUACUCCUUAACUUGCAAAAUAUGGCCUGAUGCAACCCUGUUUCCACAGUAACUCAGACUUGGAGGUUCUCAUACUGAAAGCUUUUGGUCAGAGUGAAGACGGGCCACGACAGGAAGUGCGUUACUUCAUUCAGAUUCUGUGGCAGGGAGGAGGAAAAGGCAGCAGAGUUAAAUAGUUUCAGCUCUGCUCCUCAGUCAGACAACAGCUGCCGCCUCCUGUCAGUGGGCUUCAUGCCCACCAGUGGGUUGUUUCUUCAUGUGCUGGUGUGUGUGGAGUUACCUGUGUGACUUCUUCCAUGAGCUUUGGUUGGUGACGUCAGCUGGCAGAUGGUUGACAUACUCUGCUACCUUUAGCAAAAAAAAAAAAAAGAUAUUUUUUGUUUCAGUUUUCAUUAUUAUAGAAUUCAAUUGAAGCUUUUCAACAGCACACAUUCCUCUGAUUUUUAUUUUAUUUUUUUUCCUUGUUGGGAAUUAAAGCAGAACGCUGCAUAAAAAUCAGCAACUACAAGACAGUGUGUUAACACAGCUGUUUAAAAAUAAUCUUUUUUUAGUGAUUUUGUGGAAAAACUAGUUAAUUUCUAAAAUGAAAACAAGUCAGUUUUUACCUUUUUAAAGAGCUUUUAGAAGUAGCUACUGGUAAUUUGCAGUUUUCUCUGCUGAUGGGUUGCAGAGGAUUUUUUUUUAGCACCAUCAUCUAAAAUAACGUCAUUUGAUCAGCUUGUUCUUGUACAAAAUGCUUUGUUAAAUCUUUGCAGCUUUAGUUUUGAUGGUGGCCGCUCUGAAUAAAUUAGCUGUGCGCCACUUGACUUUUUCUUUUUUUCACAGCACUGUGAUUUCAAUCAGUUUAAGUGGGAAUCUCUCUUAUCCUUAGCUGGAGCUGCAGCAGCUAUUUAUUGAGAAUCUUUAUUAAUUUUCUUGAUCUCCGCACAAUGACAACAGUGUGAUAAUGGCCGCAAAAGCGAAAUUUUUUUGUUUCAUUUCCUUUUUACUACAGUUACCGGUAAGCAACUUUUAAGAAAUCAGAGUAUUUAUUUAAAUUUACGUGUCUUUUAUCUUUCCAGAUUAUAUUAAAUUUACAAAAGUUUCAAACUUUUGCACUUUCUGUCACAAUGCAGCCACAGGCUUUAAUGUAUUUUACUUGGAUUGUACGUAAUUGAUCAACACAAAGUAGUGCAUAAUAGUGCAAGGAGGAAACGAAUAUGUGGCUUUUAUUGUUAUUUACUAAUUAAAAUCUAUAAAGUUCUCUAUAUUAAGCCACUUUUAUUGUUUAACCCAAAAUAAAAUUCAGCUGCCCUAAGAAGAUUCGUAUUUAUUUAAUUAAGUGAAUCUGUGUGCAAUUUCAUCUUAGUACAAAUCCAGAUGUUCUGUGAACGCCUCAGAGGUUUGCUAGAGAACAUUAGUAAACAAACGUCAUAAUAACACAGCAGACUGGUUCAAGAUAAAGUCGUAACGAUGUUUAAAAUAGAGUUUUAGCUUUUAAAACCUAAACUUUGAACAUGUCACAGAGCUCUGUUCAGUCCACCAUCAGAAAAGUUUUCAUAGCCAACCUCCUUUUUUAACAGGGCAGGAAAUGAAAUUGACAAAAGAAGAAGCCAAACUGGCAGUGCUAACUUUGCAUAAACUUCAGAGAUCUACAGAUUGUCUUUAUGUAAAGGUGGCAAGAAGAAAACUCUUAAGAGGUUAUGUUUAGUUUGCCACAAACCAAGGAGGGGACACAACACGCUUGUCAAAGAAGGUGCUCUGAACACAUGCAAAAACCUGUUUGACAGAAAAAGAAACACUUUGCAUCACCCUGAAGACAUCAUCUCUUGAAGUAUGGUGGUGGCAGCAGCAUGCUCUGGAGCAAAGUUAUCCUGAGGAAAACUCAGUUUGAUGCUUCAAAAUGCUUAAAACUCAAAACCGAUCACCUAAAUCCAAUUAAUAAUUUAUCAUAAGGUUUGAAAACUAGUUAAUUUAACUGAACUUGAAGUAUUUCACAAAGAUGAAUGGGCAAAAUGGUCCAUCUCUAUUUAUGCAAAAGACAAAAUUUGUCUCAAUGAAGUAUUGUUACAGCGGGUUGAAGGGAAAUGCAAGCCAUACAUUUUUGAUCUGAAAUGUAAAAAAGUUUGAAAUCCAUGUAUCGUUUUCCUUCCACUUCCCAAAAAGGAACUCCUAAUAGAGUAUAUUGAACUUUCAGGCUCUAACUGGACGUAAAGUUUAAACCCAUAUUGUCUCAUUUGCAGUCUGAGCUGUAAAAAGAGAAGCAGCUCCUUAGUUUUGAAGCAUUUCAUCUCCAUUCAGCUUUGUCCUCCUUCAUCCUACUCUGACGCGUUAAAGUAUUCCUCAUAACUUAUGCUCCACAUUAACUAUAGAAGAGGACUCUUUCCUGGUGAUUGCACCCGGUCAAGUUCAGCACCUCCUUAAAAGUCCUCAUGAGUCUUGGCAGUUCUCACCCACCGCUCCUUUCGCUGUGUUUCGCAGGAGAUCAGAAACAUGCACAACGAGCAGCUGAUGGGCAUCAGGCGAGAAGAAGAGAUGGAAAUGUCUGACGAUGAUAUGGAGGACGUCCCUGACAGCAAAGACUCUGAGGACUCAGGUGUUUCCCAAGCAGAAGCCUUAAAGGAGGAGAACGACUCGCUACGCUGCCAGCUGGACGCCUACAGGAACGAAGUGGAGCUGCUCAAACAGGAGCAGGGAAAGAACCAGCCAGUCCGCAGCGAGGAGGACAGCACUCAUUCACAGCAACUCAGCUUCCUGCAGCAGGCUCUGCAAGGCAUGCAAAAGCAACUGUUAAAAAUGAGGGACGAACUGAAGCAGCGGGAGGCAGAGCUGGAAAAGAGCCUGGAGGACAAACAGCAGCUGAAGUCGCAAGUCCAGAAUCUGAAGGAAGGUCUGCAGAAGCUGCAGAGCACACACACAAUGCAGGUCAGUGUGACAGAUGACAUCCCUCACUCUGCUGGCUUUCCCCAGAGCCGACACGGAGCGUUUACUUAGCGGGAUUCACAGCGGGACUCGUCUGUGGGUUUGCCACCGUCUUUGUUCAGAGAACAAACUUUGCAGUCUGCGCUUUCAUAAGAGAGAGGUUAGCUGAGGACGUCCAGGAUUAUGCAAAUCCUGGAAGAAAAUAAAGGACUAGGUCAUUGGGGGAUCAAAGUGGUGAUACUUACUUUGGCCAUUUUUCUAAGCUCCUACUAAGAAAUCUCCAAAUGCAUUCUGUGCAUAUUUCUAUCACUGAAACUGAAGGAAAGCGCUGACAACAGUGUCAUUGAUCAUCUGGCUUCGUUCAGUGUUCAUUUUCACCUUAAUUCAAAUUUGUAUCUUUUUUUUAUGUAAAUUGCAUUCAGCUCAAAUUUCUUAUUAGAUCUUUCUAAUUUCAAGUGUCUCAUUAAAUGGUUCUUUAAAAGACGCCUCAGUUUAACUGCUCUUAUUUCAUAGCAAUAAAAAGCCCAAUUAACACACACUAAACACGAACCAGUCCUGUGAUUGCCUACUUUCACGUAUUUGCAUAUCAUAUUUUUCUCUUUAUGUUAACAUAUUAAUCAGUCUUUAAAUAGGAAACACAGUGGGUUUCGGAUUAUAAAUUAAUUGUUGCCUUGCUGGGAAUUUUAAAGCAGUCACUCCAGAAGAGGAUCUAUCUGAUGAUCUGUCAAAUGGUGAAGCUUUUUCACUUUGGGUACAAAACCUAUGGAUUAGUUUUUAAGCAUCCAAAACUGUGAGGAAAAAAAUCCCACACUUCCUUUUGAUUUGCUUCUAAGAACCAGACUUUCUUAAAAUCUUUAAAAUUCACUUGAUGCAAUGCACUACAGGACCCAAUUAUUAAAAACAGCUCAUUUGAGUGGAAAUGUUAGAUAAGAUGCUGCAACUUGCAGCUUCAGAGGCAGAAGGUGCAAACACUUAUCUCAAAACCCCCUUUUUUAAGCAUUUGAACUGAUAUUUUACAUAUUUGUAUCACAGUAUAUGAUUUAAAUAAUCAAAGCAAUCACUAAUGGUUUGCAUUUCCAGUUUUGUGCUUGUAAGUAACGAAGCACUGCUGCUUCUUUAACUGCGUGCGUGCGUGCGUGCGUGCGUGCGU